AUGGUGACCAUAGAACAUGGUGAAGCUUUGGCCGAGUGUAUUUCUGCUGUAUCUAGUGCAACGCGUGAGUUUGAGCCCUCUUGCGCGGAGUUAACAGCGCAGGGCGGGUGUGAGGCUCUAGCAGCUGUGCUGGGUUCGGAUGACGUGUCAGCCAAGACGAAGAGUGCCUCCCUUGUUGCCUACCUUUGUGGUCACUACACGCCUGCUAGAGAAAAAUUUAUAGAGCAAAAUAUUGUCCGCAUUAUCGCAAAACAGAUUGAAAAAGGUGGGGAUGAUGCCACAGAGCAUCUUUUAAGGAUACUCUACGACCUCAAAAAUGAUCAGAGAGUGGUUCAACAGUGUCAGGAUAUCAAUCUUAAGAAGAUUCUAAAAGAGCAUUUGAAAAAUACAGAGAAAGAUAAUAUUUUUUCGAAGGAACAACAGUAUUGUAUGGAGUUAUUAAAGGUUAUUGGUAGCUGUCCCCAUGCUCAAGUUAAACAGAGUGAGGCCGAUAGAUAG